UGCAGCCAUGGAGGAAGUAAGAGUGUUUCCGCUGACUUGUGCCGUGCAGAAUUAUGCAUGGGGGAAAGUUGGACUGGACAGCGAGGUGGCUAAACUGGUGAUUGGUGGAGACCCGCUAGCUGUCAUAGAGGUUGGCAAACAUUAUGCUGAGCUGUGGAUGGGUGCCCACCCGAAAGGUGAUGCUCAGAUUAAAGACAACAGGAUUGCACAGACCACAUUGGGCCAGUGGAUCGCCCACUUCCCCGCCAGUCUGGGCUCCAAGGUCAAAGACACCUUUCAGGGUCAACUGCCCUUCCUCUUGAAAGUCCUCUCUGUCAACACAGCGUUGUCCAUACAGGCCCACCCCAACAGGGAGUUAGCUGCUCGUCUCCACGCUCAGUUUCCGGAGCACUAUCCAGACACUAACCACAAACCAGAGAUGGCCAUUGCUCUCACCCGCUUCCAGGGCCUCUGUGGCUUCAGACCCGUGGAGGAGAUCCUGGGAUUCCUUAAAUCUGUCCCCGAGUUUCAUGCUCUGGUGGGCAACGCGGCCGCGGAGGAACUGCGGUCAGGCAUGGGAGAUGCGGCCCGUACGAGCCAGGCGCUGAAGAAGUGCUUCACCAGGAUGAUGAACUGUGAGAAGAAGGUGUUCGUGGACCAGCUCAACAUGCUGGUGAAGAGAGUCACUGAAGAGGGAGCAGCUGGGAAGGAUACAUCAAGCAGCAAUGGCGACCUGUUGCUCCGCCUCCACUCUCAGUACCCCGGAGACAUCGGCUGCUUCUCCAUCUACUUCCUCAACCUCAUGAUCCUGGAUCCAGGCCAGGCCAUGUUCCUGGGAGCCAGUGAGCCUCAUGCUUACCUCUAUGGAGACUGUAUCGAGUGCAUGGCCUGCUCAGACAACACUGUGAGGGCCGGCCUGACGCCGAAAUACAUCGACGUUAACACGCUGUGUGAGAUGCUGAACUACACCUCCGCCCCGGCCAGCUCCAAAAUUUUCCCGUGUGUUCAGGACCCUUCAGACCCCUGCGUGUCCCUGUACGACCCCCCGGUGCCAGACUUCACUGUCAUGAGGAUACAGGUCCCAGCCUCAGUGAAGCAGUACACUGUGGCGCCGCUCGACUCCGCCAGCAUCGUCCUGGUCAUCGAGGGCGACGCCUCCGCGGCCUCACCUGCCGCGCUCUCCGACAUCACCCUGAGGCGCGGCACCGUCCUGUUCAUCUCGGCCAACGAGAGCGUCUCUCUGCACAUCACCUCCCAGUCGGGGAUGAGUAUGUUUCGAGCCUGCUGCCUCCUGUAGUCGUGAGUCUGUGGCUGUGUGUGAACGCUCAUGCUACCCGUCUGUUCCUCCUCUGGUUUGACUCGGCGAGGUCUACCCUGCUUUAUGGAUUGAGCCCGAUGAUUGCUGUGCACUUUAGUAGGUAGUAUCUAAAAAUGAGCUUUCAGACACAGAGAGUCGAUGCCCGUCUGUGCCCGCUGCCCCCCCCCCCCCCCCCCCCCUUCAACCCAACCCAACCCAAACUUGCCCUGCGUAACAGCUGUGUCACCCUUACACGCCAGCAGCAGUGUUCUCUAGCUUUAAAAUCCAGCAGUAAUCCAGUGCUGCUGGAUUUUAAUACAUUUCAACGGUUCUUCUUUACCAGUAGUAAAUAAAGACAAGUAAUAAAGAUAGGAAAAGGGGGCACAUCCCAAACUCUUGUCAGGUGCUAAGAAUAACAAAACUAGGUCAAACAAAACCUAGCAUGUGGCUGAAACGCUAGAGGGCUUUUCAUUUGAAACAACGCAUACAGGAAGUGGCGACACUCAGCUGAGGCAACUGACUGGCAGCUGACUAAAUGAUGCAACUUCAACAAUUAGUCAGUCGCUUUCUCACAAUCAUAGGACUCGGCCCGCUGUUGUGGUCCAGCCAAAAAAUAAAGGAUGUCUUCAACACUGAGCGGCACCCAAUAUAAAUACUGAUUAUUGAGUGUACAUGACACUGUUACAAUCACUUUAUCCAUAUUAGACUCCUGAUGAAAAACCUGAUAGUUUAACAUCAGACAUUGUUCAUUCUUGACCUCGGAAAACAAUCUCACCAAAAGGUAAAUUUAGCUCAAAGUGAAGUCUUUAAAGUGCCCAGAAAAAUAUAGAAAGGUGCAUCUGAGCUGAUAAAGAUCAUGUUGUAUGAAUCAAAAGCUACUAAAUGGACCUUUUGGUGAGAAUACUGUCAAUAAUAAAUAUAAUAAUGAGAGCUAAUGUGGAUGGAGAAAGUGCUCAGAAGAAAAAUGAAUCAAUGAACAUCUAUACUGUAUAUACAAUUGAGCAGACUCGAUCCACUGAUGAAGACCAUGAGAUGUGGUUGAAAGCUCUGUAAACGGUUAAUGGAUCUUUAGUGGAUGUCACAUUAAAAAUAUUGCUCAUGUGCAAGUUUGUAAUCAGGGUGUUUUAUCGGCUUCCCUUCAGCGCUCUGGACAUUUUAGCUCUUUAUUCUAAUCAAACUUCAGCCAGACGCUCUCCUGUUCCAGCCUGAGGUUAAAAUAACGCACUUCAGCACUGAACCAGGGCGGUGGGGCAAAUUACGUAUGUUUACACUGGUGCAGCACCACUCACUGCUUCUCUACAUCGGCCACCAUCGGAGAGCAUGUCUGUUUAAUGAGCCCGAGCAG